UUCGCCUGUUUGCUGCUGCUAACAUGAGAAGUUAUUGCCAUGUAGCAUUGUGCUAGCUAGUGAGUUACGUCUAAACACGCUCCUGCAUCUAGUUUUUCGUGUGUUUUUUUUUUUUUUUUUUUCUUUUGUGGUGUCAAGUCUGUUUUUAAAAUGUUGAGUUCUACAUGGAAUUUCAUCAAACGCCAUAAGAGGAAAUUCAUCUUCACUGGGGUUUUUGUUGGAGGUGUCUAUAUACUUGGUAAAUAUGCACAAAGAAAAAUUCAGGAGAUGCAGGAGCGAGAGGCAGCUGAAUACAUCGCUCAAGCUCGGAGACAGUUUCAUUUUGAAAGCAACCAGAGGACAUGUAACAUGACAGUAUUAUCAAUGCUCCCCACUCUCCGAGAGGCAAUCAUACAUCAUCUGAACUCAGAGAGCCUCACCGCUUUGCUGAAGACCAAGCCAGCCAAUAAACUUGAAAUCUGGGAGGAUCUAAAGAUUAUUAGUUUUACCCGCAGCAUUGUGGCAGUUUACAGCACUUGCAUGCUGGUGGUGUUACUCAGAGUUCAGCUCAACAUAAUUGGUGGGUACCUGUACCUGGACAACUCUGUGACAAAGAAUGGAACGACCCCCUUCGCCCCUCCUGAUGUUCAACAACAAUAUCUGUCAAGCAUCCAACACCUUCUUGGAGAAGGGCUCAUUGAACUGAUAACUGUGGUGAAGAAAGCUGUCCAGGAAGUUCUUGGAACGGUGUCUCUGAAGCAGAGUCUGUCCCUACAAGAGUUAGAGCAACAGUUAACUCAGAUCAGACAGUUAGUGGAGGAGGGCUGUGCUUCCUCUAAACACAAAAGUCUUUCCUGGUACAUGAUGCCUGAUGAAGAGAACACGCUAGCCUCACAGGCCUGUGGUCUCACAGAAAAUGAUGUCACAACAAUAAAGCUGCUGAAUGAAACCAGAGAUAUGCUUGAAAGUCCAGAUUUCAAUACUGUACUCCGUACUUGCUUGAACCGAGGCUUUAUCCGAUUCCUAGACAACAUGGCAGAGUUUUUCCGACCCCCGCAGGGAGACUCCGCCCCCUCCAGUACACCUGAUCGACUAUCGCAUGUAAGCCUCCCAUUAGCCAAAAUCAUUCCCAUCAUCAACGGACAGAUACAUUCAAUAUGCAGUGAAAUACCUAGUCACUUUGUCCAGGAUCUCUUGUUGAUAGACCAGGUGAAAGAGUUUGCCGCCAACGUGUACGAAACGUUCAGCACCCCUCAGGAACUUCAGAAGUGAGCACGGGACUGCACAAAAUGUAAACAUGUGAAAGUCUAACACCUUACAGACCUACUUUAAAGAAACUCUCACGCUGUGCAGCACAGAAUUACACACUAAAAUCGACCUGGGGAAAGGAACUCACGGCUGUUCUGAGAGACAAGUAUGUAAUGGAGUUCAUAUAGCUUCUUAUGAACUGCUAGCUGUCCUGUCUGUAUGUUGUGACCCCCUUAACCUUGUCCCAGGCAUGCCAAGGUUUUUACAGGCUAUAUAUAAACCGUAGUACAUUUUAUUUAUUUUUUAAUCCCUGUAGCAUAACAUUCUCAUUAAGUAACUCUCACAAAAAAAAAAAUCAUAUUGGAAUGCAGUAUCUGCAGUAUGGACUUCAAAGAGUGAAUUGUGGACAUUUUGUAUAUUAUAUCUCUGAAUCUAAUGUUGCAGCUGCUGGAACAAAACCCAUGCCCACCUUUGCAACAGUAACAAUUCAUGAUUUUUGCACUGCUACUGGUUAAUAAAAGAAUAUUUGGGGAGUAUUUUCAUUCGUAUUGACUUUAAUAUUUCAAUGGUUCUACUAAUUGAUAUAGGAAUUGUUGGACUGUCAUUUUUGUUUGGCAAAUUCUUACAGGUUGUAUGUAGUAUGCUGUUCUUUUUGUAAAAUGACCCAUGAAUGUUAAUAAAUAAUGCGAGUAAUAA